CCUCUCACAAUGCGUGAGGAGGGAGGAGGACGCUGGGGCGGAAGAGGCUUUCUCCGGAUGCUGCGAUAGAGCAGACAGGAGACCGUAAGGUCACGUGGCUUUUCCCGCAUUUGCUCUUUCAGGCUGCUUUCUCACCUCCCACCGGGUGGAUGGAUAGUGGAUGGGCCCGCGCGUGCGUGGGGUGGGGGAAAACAGGAAGAUGAAGCUGUUAGAAAAGUUGCCGGCUGAGGAAAGGUUGAAGCUCACAAGGAGCCACGAAGGGCAAGGAUCAGUAAGACAAGUGGUUGGCUUCACAGAUGAAAGCACCUUGUCCACUUCCUCAGAAGGGAGAAGCCGAAACCGAUCCCAAUUUACCGGCAUGCAACUGGCCAACUCUGGUUCAUCCACUGUGUCCACGGCGCACGGGAUCGAGCUCCUUCUUUCACAAAGUAAUUGAUGGGAUUUGUGGCCGUGCCUGCCCUCGAUAUCAAGACUAUAACACUAUUUGGAAUUUGACAGAAUGGAUGGAGAUUCUAGAACUGACUGCAGCAUAUUUCAAAAGUACAGUCGGCAAAGAUCUCUCGGAGGAAGAGGCUAUUCAGCUGCUGAGUGAGCUGAGUUCUGACUCUCAAAAAGCAGUGGUGACCUGCUUGAAAGGCAGAAGACAGGACAUCCGGCAUGCCCUGAUUGAAAGAACAAAUUCCAUCUGUUCCGCACGGCUCCUAGAUUUUGACUGGCAGCUGAAGCUUGCCCUCUCUAGCGAUAAGUUAUCCAUGCUGCAAAUACCGCUUCUAAACCUUGAUCUGGAUUUGACAGAGAAUGGUAACCUCAAGCUGUUUUCCAUAGAAAUGAAUAAGGAGGAGCUCCAGAACCUAAUAAGUGCACUGGAAGCUGCCAAUAAGGUUGUACUGCAACUGAAAUGAUUCCACUAUCAGAUGUGUGUUGGCUAUGAGAAAAUAGACCUGUAUUCUACAAAAAGAAAAAGAACCGAAGUGCUUUUGAAGUUGACAUUUUAAAGUAGGAGAUGGAAAAAUGUUAUUCACAAUCGUACUAAGAGUCCAACUCUUGAUCUAUGCUAAACCAAAAUAAACGCAAAAUCACUUUGGGGCUAACCAGUGAACAUAGCUUUGAUAGACUGCUGCAUUUCUGAGAAGUCUUUACCACGUAAAGACUUCACUGGGGAUCCUGAAGAUAGGGUGGACUGUGUCUUCUCAUGUUACAAGCCAAGCAGCCAACAGUUCUCUCAGAUAACUUGAUGUGAACAUUCCUUUUCUGCUUUGCUUGGGAUUUAUAUCAGUAAAUUACAGAUUAGGACUGCAAAAACAGUUUUGUACUCAGAGGCGCAAGGUGCUGUUCGAUCUCAGAAAGAGGUUUUGUUAUCCAGAUUGAGCUCUGUUGUUAUACGUUAUAUAUAGAAUGUGUCUACAUUUUUCAGUGUAUUGGGUUGAACAUGUCCACCAUCACAGGGCUUAGGCUAUCGUAAGCAUUCCACCUAACUCAGACUUGUUAUUUGCCUCUAUACAUGGAAUAAAUUGGUUUUUCUUAAUGAAAUGUUAAGAUUAGACUAAGAAACAACAACAAAAUUGUUCUUACAAAAUGUCAGCCUCCACAACCAGCCCUCCUUAUUUGUGUGGUCCAGCUGAUACUUCCUUAUCAAGAAAAUUUAUGCAGAGUCCUUUGCUGCAGUUGUAACCAACCAGAAAUGGUUCCUCCUCCUCCUCCGGACCUGGUAGAAAGGCUGAAAUGGACCACCUGAAAACAGUGGUAGGACACUGAAAUGCUAGCUGCUUGUUAGUGCUGGUGACGACUUUAUACUUUGUUGGCAGAGUGUGUGUCUUUUUGAUGAUGUUAGUUUUUCUUUUCCUUCCUAAAUUGGGAAUCUUUAUUAUGUGCUCAAAUUGCAGGACUGGUAGCAAGAGAAUUGCAGGAAAAACAAGAAUUGGAACCAUGGGUAAAGCAAAAUGAACCACCCCAAACAAUUUUGAAUUAGUUUAAUGAAAGUCCAGAGCGGAGACAGGUGAAGUAGCCAGACUUCUUCGGGGGUGCAUAACUUUGUUUCAAGACCAUGUCAAUUGGCCCUAAUGUCAAUCUGCAUUUAGAGCCAGCAUAAUAUCAUGUCUUUUGAUAUUGCACUCAUUUUGUUGUCUCUGUGUUCCAUUGUAACCCUUAUUUCCUUGUGAGCAGGUCUUUGGAUUGGCCACAAAAGUAUAACACACUUUCAUUAAGUGAUUUUUAUUAGCACAUCCCUUUUCUUGAGAACUGGAGAAAGGACUUACAGAUUUGUCAAUACCUAUAGUAUUCAUUCACAUUGCCAAAAUAUGGUGAUAUAACAUUUCUUAUAUAUAAAAUACUACUGAUUUUGCAUGUAAUCGUGGAGAAGACAAUUGCAUUAACAUGUGUUGCUACACCAGAACUUAAAUGGAAAUACAAAAAAGUGUGUUUCUCAAAUGCUUAAAAGUUUCUCCAUGAUUGACUGAUAAAAUGUGAUCAGAGGAGAGAUGUUGCAAUAUACUUUUCCAUGAGUUUUUUUCAUAAACCAAAUGUGUGUGUUUUUAAUGUACAGGAAACAAUAUUUUUGUUUUGUUUUUUCAAAGUGAAAGGGUAGCAGACAAUUUAGACAUACAAAGUCUUACAAUGCAUGUUUGAGGUCUCCAUUUAUAUAAAACUGCACAAUGGAAAGCUUUUAAAAAAAAUGUUUAUUCGGUUACUAGGAAUACAUCAGUUAAUGGAAUUUACCUUGUAUUACACUUUCAGAAGCUAUGGAAAGUGGUUUAAUGAUGAAGGGUAGAUAAUACUACUUUCUUCUGCAUCUUCUUCAUUUUUAUCUGCUGUACUUACUGCACCCUUUGACAGGAAAUUCUGGUAAAUAAAAUACUGAAUGGAAAAACAAGAGGGCAGUAGUUGCUUUGCUACAGCAAAAUUUAACAUUUCUUUGAGUACUAUGUUUCAAAACUGGUGGCUUUGUUUUCUAAAAUAUGUAAUGACUAAAAGUAUAUGGGAAAAGCAAAGAUGGAAAUGGAUGGAGUGUGGAGACAAAAGAUGGCACCAGACAUCUAACAGAAGAUGAGUCUGAAAAAUCUUUGUAGUUGAAAGAAACAGCCGUAUCUGUGUACCUGAACGUUGGGGUGCCUUGCAUCCAGUAUGUACAUGUACAACGGUCCAGAGUAAAUGAAGAGAAUGAUACAAAGAAGAAUGGCUCAUGUGUUGCAGCAUAUUAAAUGAGAUGGAUGCAUUCUUAUGCUACUUUAAAGAU